AUGCCGAGUACACCAUCACAUACACCUCCCAGCAGACCACCAAACAUGCCAUUACAAAAUCCCAGUAUGUUCCAAGGACAAAUUGAAGACAAUUUAUUACCUAGUCAAACAAUGACACCUCAUGAUUUUCAAGGACCUACCGCCCCAAUGUCUGGUACAACAACAGAUAAUCGACCAGUACAAAGCACACUUACUUAUACACAUUCAAUGCAACCACCACAUCCAGUAUUUUGGGGAGUUACUGAAAUGGGAUCUAGUGGUUUAUUAUCAUCUCAGCCGGCUCCUGAACAUUGGUGUUUAACUGCUUACUAUGAAUCAUCUACUUGCUCUCAUGUCACGGUUGAUGGUUAUGUUGAUCCUUCUGGAAGUAAUCGUUUUUGUUUGGGUGCCCUUUGUAAUGUUACUACAUUAGUUAUUAGUGUAACAUGUUAUACUACUAAAGGCAUUGUUUAA